CGCUGAUCAAAUAAACUCUACUUCGUUUACUACAAUGGUUCCUUCUAUCUUGACAGAAGGUGUGAGAUAGUUUGCAAGUUGGUUUGUGCUGUUUUUGGGGAUGUAAGGAAUUCAUCGGAAUAUUGUGUUUUGGGUCUUUAGUUAUUUAAGACUCUGACGUCUGAAACUAUUUCGGAUUUUAAUAUCCUUAUAUUUUAUUAUUUAGCGUAGUCAUUAAAUUUGUGUUAUUUAUUUAUAACAUCAUUAAAGUUGUGAUUAAUGCUCAUGACUGACGAAUAAAGUGUUAAACCUGGCAGAAAGAUAUUAAAUAAUUGUAGGGAAAUGUGAUAUACGAAUAUUGUCUAGGAUAAAGAUGCACCGUUCUGAUUCAAAUGAACAGUGAAAUUAAAGUUUGUGAUAUAUUUGAUAAAUGGUUUUAAAGCCGUUUAUUUACCAUAUUGUUUCAUGAAUCUUACACUAUAUGCACACGGUGCGUGUGUAAUAUAUGACAAAGUGGGAUAUUAAAAUGUCAAUUGUUUUUGUUGUUGUUUUUUUAACUAGAAGUGUCGCAAGUAACGUUCGAAAUAUGCUCUGUUACACUGAAGUAACAAAGACUUGAUUACUACCGAACACUCGCAUCAAAACUGCGUGAAAAAAUUUGGAAAUGUUAAAAAAACUGUCGCGUGACAAAUUAUUAUUAUUUGAUGCAACACUGUUCUGUCGAUUAUCUAUCACAAGCAUGACGAAUUAAAAUACUCUAAACUUCCAUAAAGAGAAACAGUAAACGAAAAUGUGGACUUUAAACAUUUUACAAUUUGUCAACUGUGUGUUUGUAGUGCAAGUUCUUGUGUCACCAUUAACACUUUCAAGCGCUGCUAGGCAACGCACGAGAACACAUCGGUCUGACGGAAAUGACGUCACUAGCUUGGCCAGACGUCAUGGCUCAUCAUCAAAUUUCAACAAUGAUCACGACGCAGAUGAUUUUGAGGAUUUAGAUCCGGAUGAUAUACUGAAUUUGAGAACAGGAAAUGAGGUAUCAGAUCCAAGCCAGAGAAGCCAGAUUGAUCCGAAGAGCAGCUGGUUGACGUUUUCUAACCGUUUGGACAAACAUAAGUCUGACAGAAAGAAAAAGAAACGAAAACGGAAAGGAAACAAUGCCCUGCUUGGACCCCAAGGACCUGCUGGACCCCCGGGCCCUCCUGGACCCCCGGGACAGGGCGUGUCGAGGGAGGAGAUACUUAGAGAGGUCGAGGCAUUAAUCAAAGAGGCAGCAGAAAAAAGAGCGACUCUGAUGCUGUCAGAAAUGCACGAGGUAUAUUGUAACUCAUCCCACGCCCUGCCCCAGCAGGAUAUGACAUCAACUGUAAUGGCGACACCCAGGGUAUACGCGGGAUUUUCAAUGCGAUUGAAAAAUAACGCCAAGGCGAGAAGAAAAACAUUCAUGGAACUUAAAUCAUUUCAGCAGCCUUUCGGUGAUGGUUCUUUCCAAAGAGGAGAUCUUUUCAAUGCCAAAGAAGGACGAUUUUACGUCCCAAAGGAAGGAAUUUACCAGUUCACCGCUACUCUUCAUUUACGCAUGCGCACAAAAAGAAAAGUGAAGGGGCGUUUAAAAAGUGACGAACAUAUACGAGUUAUCAUAUGCAUCGAUUCAUUAUGCCUAACUAAUACUUCCAUCGAGUCCAUAGCGGGUGUGCAUUUCAACAACACAUAUUUUUCAACUACCCUCCAUGGGUUGCUUCAUUUAAAGGAAAAGCAGUACACUUCGGUAUACAUCGACAAUUCCUCAGCCUUCACAAUCGUAAUCCAGCAGGGUUCCGAAUUUUCUGGACUUCUCAUGGGUGAAUAAAAUACGACAUGAGCAACAUUAGUGGCAGCCUUCAACGUUUUAGCAAUAAAGUUAGGAUUCAAUAAGAUGUUAUACCUGUGAACAAAUCAAUCGGAACUUCUCGGCCAUUUUCCAUAAAAAAAAACCAAUGCCUUUACUCUUGGGAAUCUUACUUAUUCAUGCAAUGAUACACUUCACCGGCAAUCAGUUUAAACUUAGUACUACAAAAUACACGUAAAAACACUACAAUUAGUUAAAACUAAUAUUAAUUUUACGAACUACUUCUAUUGGUGUACUGGCAUACAUCCGAGGAUGUUUUCGAUGGAAAAUAGCCGAGGUGUUUCGAAUGGUGAACAUAUACGACACGUGCUUACCGCAUACGCUAAGUAUACUACAAACAAUUUGGCGACACUCCUGGAAUUCUGGGAAGGGCUGAAACUUAUGAUGUUAUUACGUGUAGCCCAACAUAUUUGUUCUUUUUGGUGAUUUGUUUGUAAGUGUUAGUACAAAUUGAAUGUCUUGAUGUUUACACAAGAGAACAAUAAAAUACGACUAAACUAACAAGGCAAUACUGAGCCGGCAGUUCAAAGUGCAUUUACUAUACAUGUUGAACAAUGAUCCGAAUUAUCGGGUGGGGUGGGUUAAGGGUGUCAAUUAAUAUC